GUACAGGCAGCUGACCAAUCAGAGUGCAGCACAGCAUAGGUACUUCCGCUUCAGCUGUGACGGAGAUAUUAAGAGACCGCAAGUAUUUCUUCCAUGCUCUGGAGUGGACGUGGCCCACUGAACCUGACAUCAAUCACCCAUGCAGCGCUGCCUGACUUUGACCCUUGCCCAGCACAGCCGGCUCCUCUUGAGAAAUAAACUACCAUCUGUCCGCUGCCAGCAGUCAGCCGCCAUGUCAGGUCUCCUCAUCAACCAGCCCAAAUACUCCUGGCUGAAAGAGCUGGGCCUGUCAGAGGACAACCCUGGUGUUUACAACGGGAGCUGGGGAGGCAGUGGGGAGGUCAUCACGUCUUACUGCCCCGCCAACAAUGAGCCAAUCGCCAGAGUGACCCAGGCAACUUUGGCAGAGUAUGAGGAAACUGUCCAGAAGACGAGGGAAGCUUGGAAGAUGUGGGCAGAUAUUCCAGCUCCCAAAAGAGGGGAGAUUGUUAGGCAGAUUGGAGAUGCACUUAGGAAGAAGAUCAAAGUCCUUGGGAGUCUGGUGUCUCUGGAAAUGGGCAAGAUCUACGUUGAGGGAGUUGGAGAAGUUCAGGAGUACGUUGAUGUCUGUGAUUACGCCGUCGGUUUGUCCAGAAUGAUUGGAGGGCCUGUCCUGCCUUCAGAAAGACCAGGCCACGCCCUGAUUGAGCAGUGGAAUCCAGUCGGUCUUGUCGGCAUUAUCACUGCCUUUAAUUUCCCUGUGGCUGUCUACGGCUGGAACAACGCCAUCGCUCUUACCUGCGGCAACGUCUGCCUCUGGAAAGGAGCUCCAACCACUCCUCUCACAAGUGUUGCAGUUACCAAGAUUGUGGCUGAGGUGCUGGAGCAGAACAACUUGCCUGGUGCCAUCUGCUCCAUGACCUGUGGAGGCGCUGAUAUCGGCACAGCCAUGGCAAAAGAUGAGCGUGUGGAUCUGCUGUCCUUCACUGGCAGCACCCACGUGGGCAAGAUGGUGGCCAUGAUGGUGCAGGAAAGGUUUGGCCGUAAACUGCUGGAGCUCGGUGGAAACAAUGCAAUCAUUGUGUUUGAGGAUGCUGACCUCAAUCUGGUGGUGCCCUCUGCUGUCUUUGCAUCUGUGGGAACUGCUGGCCAGCGCUGCACCACAACCAGACGGCUGAUGCUGCACGAGAGCGUUCAUGACGCAGUUGUUGAGAGGAUAGCCAAGGCCUACAAACAAGUCCGCAUCGGGGACCCCUGGGAUCCCAGCACCUUGUAUGGGCCCCUGCACACCAAGCAAGCUGUGGAUCAGUAUCUGGCUGCUAUUGAGCAGGCCAAGCAGCAGGGUGGCACUCUGGUCUGCGGAGGAAAGGUGAUGGACCGUCCUGGAAACUACGUGGAGCCCACCAUCAUCACAGGGCUGGCUCACGACGCUCCCAUUGUCCAUACCGAAACCUUCGUCCCCAUACUGUACGUCCUCAAGUUCAAGACAGAAGAGGAAGCAUUCGCCUGGAACAACGAAGUCCAGCAGGGCCUGUCCAGCAGCAUAUUCACCAAAGAUCUGGGUCGGGUCUUCCGCUGGCUUGGGCCCAAAGGAUCUGACUGCGGCAUCGUUAAUGUCAACAUACCUACAAGCGGAGCUGAAAUCGGAGGAGCCUUUGGUGGAGAGAAACACACCGGAGGUGGAAGAGAGUCCGGCAGCGACUCGUGGAAGCAGUACAUGAGGCGUUCAACCUGCACAAUAAACUACAGCAAGGAUCUUCCACUGGCACAGGGAAUCAAGUUUGAGUGAAGCCUUCAGGUGGUUUGCUCGCGUUCGCCCAAAAGGACAACACUAAAUGAUUUAGUGGCAGAGUGUUGUCGAGCAAAUGCUUGACAUUUGUCUUUGCAUACAGAAAGGUCAGUUUGAAUUUUGAAAUCUGGGGUAAUUUCGGGUUUCAGUUUAGUUGUCCUGUACCAGAUAUAUGUCUGUGAUGGUUGCAUUAGAUAUUAAUCCUGGUUUUGAACUAACGGUUUGAAAAUAGUUUUGUGUGAAAGGUCAAGUACUGUUCUUUCAAAUGGCUGGUCGACUCUUUUCUGUAAGCACUUAAGUCUGUUUGAGGGAUGACUGUACCAGAUACUUUAUACUAUAUGAGAAAAUAAAUCUUAAAUUUAUUUUUUGAAGAAAAACUGGAGGAGACUUUAUUACAGUGCAUAUUAAAUCAUUGUUUUACAAUCUGCUUAAAAAUCUUGUCAUCAAGUGUUUUUUUCAUGUUCAUAGAGGCUUCGAAAUGGCUAUUAAAAGUCAGGCUGUUGGCUUGGUUUUUUCAGCAUUAAUACACUGUGCUUUGCAUCCAGCAAGCAUAAGCAUCACACUAUGAUUUCCUGCAAUAAAACAACAAAUAAAAGACUUCAUGUUGA